CAUCGAAACUAUUCGCAAAGCAGAUGCCUCAUGUUGUUCGUGUGCAGAGCUUUAUAACUGCUGGCUUACUUGGAUGCAAGUUUUCUGGACGAACACAGGCAUCAUGAGAUAAAUUGUGGAAUGGCGGGAUGAAGAAUCAAUUGGGCUGUCUUGAGCUGGCGAGAUGGAUCCAGUUGAAGCUGUUAAACCAUCGCGGGUUGUUGAUGCUGCCGCCAGUGAUCCCGAUGGGGUUGAUGUCACAUCUUGGGUGUCGGUCUGUCCAAGAGGCCUCUGGGUGGUCCACAAGACGCUGACACACACAGGACGCCAACAGAAAGUUUCUGAUUCCGGAGAAGCGCUGUUGUCCGUUUACAAGCCAAGGUUAGGUUCGCUGUGUCGUGUCCGUGUGUGUGUGGCGGAUCAACCUGAAAAAUCUGCAUCUGUGAAAGACCAUGAGACCAAGCGCGGAGGUCCACUUGAAGUUCCAGAAGCGGCCUUUCGACGUCAGCUCGACUCUGUUCUGCAGAUACCACUGGGUGAAUGGACUACGCUUAAAGUUGGGGAGGGUUAUUGUGAUGUCACAGAAGCCUGCGUGGAGGCCAUGAGAGCUGGAGAGGCAUGCCAGAUACGAGUCACACCGGCAAAUGGAGCCGAUAUGUGGCAUUCCCAACCCAUGCAGGAAAUACGCGCCACCGUCGAACUGCAAGCUUUUACGCCAGGAAAAGAAUCCUGGCAGAUGUCGUCUGAUGAAAAAUGGGAGUGGGUGAGGUCCCAUAAGGAAAGAGGCGGCCAAAGAUUCAGAAGUGGAGACUUGUGGGGAGCGUCGGACAGCUACAGUCGUGCCCUCAAACUCGUCAUCACCCUGCAGGGCUUCGAGGCAGUCAGAAGAGAACACCAAAACGACGAACAAAGUACGGCGCCCUGCAAAAAUCAACUGUGCGGUCCUACAGUUAAUAACGUGCAAAGCAUGAAAGCCGAACUUCACUCCAACUUGUCAUUGUGUCAGCUCAAACUGAAGCAGCCAGUGCGGGCUAAAGAAAAUGCUGCCAAGGCCACACAGCUGGAACCAGGUCAUGCUAAAGCUUGGUACCGACUUGGCCAAGCCUGUCAGAUUGUGAACGAGCUGGAGGAGGCCCGGUUUGCCUUUCACAAACUCCUGAAGCUACAACCGGAGUCCACGGCGGCAAUGAAGGCUCUUAAAGACAUCACAAGUCGAGAAAGGGAAACAAAUGCACAGUUGGGACAGAGACUUAGUAAAAUGUUCAACUAGAAUGCUGGAAAGUGUUUAAUACUGUAAUACCAAUUAGGGAUGUGUGAUACAUGUAUUGGAAAAACACGUGAAAUGCGAUAUUGGUGUUGAAUAUCGCAUGUGGAUAUGAUUGUGAUAUUUAACAUGUACCUAAAGAAAUGACAAUUUUAUAAUACAUUACAAAUACAUUUGUCAUGUGGCAAAAUAAACAAGCUCAAUGUAUUCUUAGCUAAUUAACUGUAAUGCCCCUGGAUGCUGUUCACCUUUUGGAUGGCGACGCGCAUUUAAGGUUUUCUUGGUGUUGAAUUCAGAUAAAAGCACACAAUUCCAUAGGAAACCUCUUGCUUGUCUUUGCUAUAUGCAUAUGGGCCAUUAUCAGGAUAAAUUAAAUAAAUUCUGCUGCCCUCAUGCAAAUGAUGAUGAUUGUUGUAUGGUUCUCCGUGGUCCCAAUGGUCCCAACCAGACUGGAAUGGAUGGACAUGUUCAUUGAACAUUUUCAGGAGCUCUUGAUAACAGAGUGACAUAGGAAGGCUAUAAGGAAAAGAAUUGUCUCAGCAAGCCAUAAACGAUUUUUAAUGCUGCUGUAUUGACAUGCAAACAUAAAACAUUUUUUUUUAAUACAGAAAUAUAUUUGCGGGGGGGGGCAAAUCUUAAACAACAGUCAGCGGGGUCGUUUUGAGACAUUUGACAGUUAUUUUUUGCAUUUUGUUUUAGGUCUACAGUAAAUGAUCGACAAAUUGUUGCUGUACUGUACUUAAGUCUUGCUUGAUCCGCCUUAGGCAGCUGGCAAAGGGUGAAGCCAUCACUUUGAAACUCUAGUGCACUGUAAAGUCAGCCUCUCCUUGAAAUAUCCAUUUCAAAAUGCUGCUUCCCUCUUAAAUGGGACAUGACACAGUAUACAGUUGUACUCAUAGCCCUUGUGAAUUGUUAGCAUUUUUUUUAAACAUGACUGGUGGAUGAAUGGGGAUGCUCUCGGUUUUUAAAAUGUUUAAUUGUGUCACUCUGGAAUGCUUAUUUAACUUGAAUUCCAUUAAAUGUAAUUUUAAGAUGUGUUUUGCAUGAUCCCAUAGGUUUUCUUUCCAAAUAAAACAUUUAUUUUA